AUGAGACGAAAAUCUGUAUUCACACCGAGUAUUUCAUCGGCAUCGACAUUGUCAUCUUACACACCAGAAACCAAGUCGGAUAUUAUUUCAUUUGCCAUUGAUUUAUUAGGUAUGGAAGAUGCAAAGUUGUUCACUAAACGACAUAACAGUGAAUUACAACGUUGUUCGCAAUUCUAUUCGUUAGCAAGUCUAUUCCAUGAAACAACAACGAAAGAUAAACAUCGACUGAACGGAAGAGAUGUUCAAAAACUGGCUUCAACCAAUGAAAUAAUCGUAUUCGAAGUGUCUGUUGAUUGCUUCUUGAUGAGCCAUUGUCAAUCCCAAUCCGUUCUCAUUGAUGAUGAUUUUAUGUUACACGAAAAAUUUCGACUUUAA